AAAACUAGGGAUGGCGCUACAAUCAGUCAUGCAAGUGUAUUUCUAUAACGGACCGCUCAUUCCAAAUCGACUCGUCGACUGCUUGUUACCGCGCUAAAUAAAUAAACUGUUCGCAUAUACAGCAUUUUGACACAUCGCACACCAGUGGUAUGAUUUUAUCGUACAAUUAUGGAAAAUAUUAAAGAAGACGACGUAUCACAGAUUCAUUCGAACGAUUCGGUUGAACUAGCGGAACAGCCAUCAAAAGAACCGAAGGUGAAAGCACUCGAUUCAAAGCGACAAGAGAGCCUCGAUUUUCUGCUGAAGCAAGCCGAACUGUACACCCAUUUCGUGACGAACGGUUCAAAAUCGAAGAACACCAAACGAAAGUCAACGACAGCUCUGGCAAAUGCAACCAGACAGUUGCGCAGAAAGAAUGUAAAUGGAUCGACAUCGGAAGAUCUGAACACGUCGAGUGUCAAAGUAAAAAUCCAAUUUGAUCAGACGCCGGCAUACAUAAUGGGCGAAAUGCGUGAUUAUCAAAUUCGGGCGCUCAACUGGUUGAUUACUUUGUACGAAAAUGGCAUCAAUGGAAUUCUUGCCGAUGAAAUGGGGUUAGGUAAAACGCUUCAAACGAUCUCGAUGCUCGGCUAUUUGAAACAUUAUGAAAAAAUGAAUGAGCCGCAUCUGAUUGUUGCACCGAAUUCCACACUGCAGAAUUGGCUCAAUGAAAUCAACAAAUUUUGUCCCUCACUAAAAAGUUUGAUUCUAAUUGGUGACAAAACCGCUCGUUCCGCGACAAUACAGCGUAUGAAACAGAAAAACUGGGACGUUUGCAUCACAUCGUACGAAAUGUGUUUGUUGGAAAAAGGCCCGCUCAAGCGUUUUAAUUGGAAAUAUGUAGUGGUGGACGAAGCGCAUCGCAUCAAGAAUGAAAAGGCCAAGCUGAGCAAAGUUUUGCGAACAUUCAACACUGACAACCGGCUUUUACUGACCGGAACUCCGCUUCAGAAUAAUCUGCACGAGCUAUGGUCACUGUUGAACUACUUGUUGCCAAGUGUGUUCGUAAAUUCAGACGAUUUUGAUACUUGGUUCGACUCAGACAACUGUUUGCGAGGAAACGAUGACAUCGUUAAACGAUUGCACACGAUUCUCCGACCAUUUAUGCUUCGACGCAUUAAAUCCGAAGUGGAAAAGACACUUCUGCCCAAAAUUGAAUUGAAAUUGUUCGUUGGUUUGACCACGCUACAGCGAGAAACGUACAAAAAGGUGCUAAUGAAGGACAUUCAAACAGUGAGCGCACUUGGACAAGCAUCGCAAAAGGUCAUCAACAGUAUUUUGAUGGAGCUUCGAAAAGCAGCCAAUCAUCCGUAUCUCAUCGAAGGUACAGAGCCUGGUCCGCCUUAUACAACUGAUCAACAUUUGGUCGAUAGCUGUGGAAAAAUGAUGGUUUUGGACAAGCUAUUGGCAAAACUAAAAGCACAAGGAUCUAGAGUCGUUCUGUUUAGCCAAUUUUUGCUAAUGCUAAACGUGUUUGAGGAUUAUCUGAUGUGGCGUGGUUACAAAUAUUGCCGAUUGGAUGGCAACAACACGUAUGAUGAGCGUGCUAAGAGCAUUGACGAGUUUAAUGCGGAAAAUAGCGAAAAAUUCGUAUUCAUCCUAUCGACACGUGCUGGUGGACUGGGCAUCAAUUUGACCACAGCCGAUACGGUGAUAAUUUAUGAUUCGGAUUGGAAUCCGCAAUCAGAUUUCCAAGUGAUCGACCGCGUCCAUCGCAUUGGCCAAACGAAACAGGUACGUGUUUUUCGAUUGAUCACGGAAAUGACGGUUGACGAACGGAUUGUUCAACGCGCCAGCAUAAAACAACGCUUAGAUCAAAUGAUCAUUCAACAAGGUCGGCAAAUGGACAAAGAAACGGCUGCCGAACAAAAGGGGAUGAAACGUGAUAUGAUUCGCUUCGGCGCUAAGUAUAUCAUGUCAUCGGGAAAAUCAGAUGUUUUCGAUGUUGACAUUGAGAAAAUUCUGAAGGACGGUGAAUUGAAAACGGCCGAAGAAGACGAAAAAUUGGCGAAAUUGAAUGAGAAUGGGCUACGAAAUCUGACGAUGGAGGAAGCAUCAAGCGUGUCUGUAUACCAAUUUGAGGGUAUUGACUUUCGUGCUAUUCAAGAAUCAUCGAAAGACGAAGAACCGUCCAAUGGCGGACGUCCUCAGCGUGCUGCAAAGCGCAAUCGAAAGGUGUACCAAACACCAGUGCAAGAUGUGAACGGCAACAAUCUCAUCCAAAUACAUUUACACCAAUUCUAUCCAAAGGUAUUGUAUGAGUUGACCGAAGACGGCGAAAAUCUCGAUAUGUCGUAUGAUGCCGAGCGAAAGAAUAAGUUGAUGGAGCAAGGUUUUCGUCAAUGGUCCGAAAAUGAUUAUGAGCAAUUUCGCACAGCGCUAUACCGAUUUGGUCGUAAUGAUUUGGUGCACGUAGCCAAAAUGAUACCGGGUAAAACAUUGGACGAUGUUGCAAAGUACAAUGAAAUGUUUUGGAUGCGUGGCCGCCAGUAUAUCGAAGAUUUUAAUGAGCUUGUGAAGAAAAUCAAGAAGAAUGAACGAUUGAUUGCUGUACAAAAAGUGAAACCGCCACCACCACCUCCACCAACAGUUUAUCCAAAUCAAAUGCAACCGCUUUCACAAACACAAUAUCAAAUUGCACCAAAGAUAUACCACUUUCCAGGAAGACCUUUGCCGGAUUUAAAUGUUAGCCGAAACGUGAACAGCUGUAAGCGACCAAAGAUAAAUACUCCAGCUUGGUUGGAAGCAUGCACAAAUCUUAAUCCAGCACUGACUAAAACAGAAAAGCCGCCGAUAAAAACUAUCUUUCGAAAAGUCGAAAGUUCUACAUCGAACUCACAAAAUACGCCAACAUGGUUGCAAAAAUGGAUCAUUUCGGAUACAGCAACAAAAAAGACUGUGCCAGCUCCAGUGAUAGCUGCACAGGUGUUCACUGCCAAACCAAUUGAAGCUGCAAUUCCAGCGCCUAAAGCAUCGCCCAUUGCCGAAUCAACUCCAGCUCCAAUUCCAUCUUCGCCAGAGAAAAGCACCUUUUCUCAACUCAUGGAUAAAUUUCGCAAACUUGACUCAUCGCUCAAUGCGGCACUGGACGGUCUUGAUGUCAGUUUCAGCGGCAAUGAAUUCGAUUCGUCCGAUUCUGACAUCGAAUAAUGAUCAUCGUCAUUUGUAAACAUUAAAUCAAUGUUAUCAUACUCUAUGUACUUUCAGCGGGACUACUACAAUUACAUUUUCUGUUGAUGCCAUUAAAUAUUCGAUUCAGUGAACAAAACUUUAGCUAGAGCUUCGGUUAAAUAAACAAGUCGAUAUAAACAAAUUCCUAAGUACGAAAGAAAAUAAAUGUUUAUUUCGUAAGAUUGUUCUUACGACUAUUAGACUAUAGCGUUUAAAAUUCAAUUAUGAAUAAAAUUGUGUUUAUUGAACGGCA